CCGCAAGUAUCGAAAAGCGCGACCCACUCUAUCGUCCCGUUUUAUUGUGUUGUUUUAUUUAUACAUUUUUAACUAUCUUCGCACCUGAAUUUCCACAUAAUUCUAUUUCUUAAACAAAUAUUUUAACGACAGCAACUAGAAGACGAAGAAGAAGAAGAAACAGAGGUAGCAGAAACAAUAAGAAACAACAACCACAGCAACCACAACGAAGCAAACGCAACAACGACAACAAUUAGCACGAAACUUUCUAAAAAAAAAAAAACAUUAACUUCACUUCAUUUUUACUACUACCGAAACGAACCAACUGCAAACUGCUUCAAAACUAAAACCUGGCACAGAUUUCGGCUAAUGCAAAUUGAGUGCCUUUGACAACAUUUUCUACUACACCUAAUAUAUUAAGUUUAAGCCAACGAUUAAGACUAGAACGUCGACUGAAACGUAGACGACGCAAAUAUGUCCACUUUGUCGCUGCGCAUACAGCUGGAGGGUGGUCGAGUGACGAAGACCAUACAAUUCCAACCAAAUACCACAGUCUUCGAUGCAUGCAAAAUCAUACGCGAUAAAUUUGCCGAAGCAGUGCAGGGACAACCUAGCGAAUAUGGACUCUUCAUUUCCGAUGAGCAGAACCAGCAGGGCGUUUGGCUAGAAGCCGGACGCACAUUGGGCUACUAUAUACUGCAUAAUCAGGACACGCUCGAGUAUCGGCGAAAGCUGCGCACUCUGCGUGUUCGCAUGCUGGAUGGCGCCGUCAAGACCAUACUGGUCGAUGACUCUCAGCCCGUUUCCCAAUUGAUGGUGGUUAUUUGCACCAAGAUUGGCAUUACCAAUCAUGAGGAGUAUGGAUUGGUGCGCGAGGACAAUGAGGCGCAGAAUGAGAAUCUGCCCGAUAAUAAAUUUGCCACGCUGACGCUGAAGCGCAAGUUUACCGAAAAGGAUCGCGAUGCCAAAAUGGAAAGUUUGCGCAAGAAGCUGAAAACCGACGAUGAAAUGAACUGGGUUGAUGUGGGUCGCACACUGCGCGAACAGGGCAUCGAUGAGUCGGAGACGGUGCUGUUGCGACGUCGUUUCUUCUUCUCGGAUCAGAACAUCGAUUCGCGUGAUCCAGUGCAGCUAAAUCUGCUCUAUGUGCAGGCCAGGGAUGCCAUUCUCGAUGGCACGCAUCCUGUUACACAGGAUAAAGCUUGUGAAUUUGCUGGCAUUCAGGUGCACAUACAAUUCGGACCGUACAACGAGGCCAAGCAUAAGCCCGGCUUCUUGGACUUGAAGGACUUCCUGCCCCAGUCUUAUGUGCGCGUGAAGAACAUUGAGAAGAAAAUCUUUGCGGAGCAUAAGAAACAUUACGAACUAACGGAAAUCGACGCCAAAGUUCUGUACACCAAGACCGCUCGGGAGUUGCCCACAUAUGGCGUUACCUUCUUCCUGGUCAAGGAGAAGAUGAAUGGCAAGAAUAAGCUAGUGCCGCGCCUCCUGGGCGUUACCAAAGAUUCUGUGCUGCGUCUGGAUGAACGCACCAAGGAGAUCCUAGUCUCCUGGCCAUUGACAACAGUUCGUCGCUGGGGCGCCUCACCGAAUACUUUCACUUUGGACUUUGGCGACUAUGCGAAUCAAUACUAUUCGGUGCAAACGACCGAAGCCGAGCAGAUUGUGCAGCUCAUUGCGGGCUAUAUUGAUAUCAUAUUGAAGAAGAAACAGACGAAGGAUCACUUUGGCAUUGAGGGUGACGAGGGCUCCACCAUGGUGGAGGAGUCCGUAGCGCCAUCCAAGGCCACCUUCUUGCAACACGAAACGAAUCGCGUAGAGAAGCUGAACUUGGAAAGUUUAGCGCAUCCGGGCAUUAUGCGGCCCUAUGACGGUGAACGCACCUUUACGCAGAACGAAAUGCAGACCGUGCAGUAUGGCGCCUUUGUUGGCCAGGUGAAUCAUGCGCAUCAACCGCCGACGACUAAGGAAGUACGCAUUAGUUCUGUGAAUCUAACCGAGCCGCAGCGUGCGCUUAUUGGUUAUAUAUCCGCCGGACAGGAUGUCUUAAUUCGCGCCGACGAGGAGCUGCGCACCAAGGCACCCAUUCAGGAGCUGGGCAGUGAUUUGCGUUCGAUUGAGUGGCGUGAGAAUACGCUGGACACCUCCAAGCAGGCAGUCAGCUCUCAUGUGGCCACAAUGAGUGCCGCCACGGCUCAGAUUAUAACCGCUUCGCAGCCGGAUGAAGUGGACACGGAGGCCAUUUCCGCAUCGGUGUCUCAAAUUGCGCAGACCAUACCGGAGGUGACCAAGGAGGUGCGUCUGAUUGCUGCCCUCAUGGAGAACGACACGAAUGGCGAUCAGCUGCUGGAGGCAGCACGCAAUCUGUGCAAUGCCUUUAGUGACCUGCUGAAGGCUGCCGAGCCGGAGAGCAAGGAGCCACCACAGCAUUUGAUAAAUGCCGCCACUCGUGUGGGCGAAGCCACCACGCAUGUGUUGAGCACCAUUGCCGAGGAGGAGGCACCUGAGAAUCGGGAUCUGCACGAUAUGCUGGUGGACCUGGGCAAGGCGGUGGCCAAUACCACAGCCGCUUUGGUGCUGCGCGCCAAGAACAUUGCCGCCAGCUGUGAGGAUGAUCAGGCGCGCAAUCGCGUCAUCGCUGCGGCUAGCCAAUGUGCACUGGCCACCAGUCAGCUGGUGGCCUGCGCCAAGGUGGUGGCACCCACUCUGCAUAAUGCGGCCUGUCGCGAGCAAUUGGAGGCGGCGGCCCGGAACGUGGCUCGUGCCGUGAACUCGCUCUGCGAGGUCUGCAACGAGGCGAGCACCGAUCCCAAGUUGAAGGCGGAUCUGAUGGAUGCGGCACGCGAUGUCUCCAAGAGUCUGCUGGAUAUGCUGGAGCAUGUGAAGCUGAGCACGCGGGAGCAUGCGCAUCGCACCAGCCAGGAGCUGAGUCCCGUCGAGAAUGUCAUCAUUGGCACCGACGUCUUGGUGUCCACCAAUGAUCCACAGGAAAUGGUGCGUCAUGCCCGCACUCUGGGCCAGACCACAGCACAGCUCAUCCAGAGCAUCAAGGGCGAGGCGGAUCAGCAAGAGGAUGCGGACAUGCAGCGACGUUUGCUGUCGGCCGCCAAGCAGUUGGCCGAUGCCACAGCCAAGCUGGUUGAGGCCGCCCGUCUGUGCUCCUCCAAUCCCCAUGACUCGGACAACCAGAAUGCGCUGCGUCGUGCCGCUGAGGAGCUGCGUGAGAUUACGACCAGCACGGCCAACACGCCGGCCAUGAAGCGAGGACUCAUUCAGCGCUUGGAGUACCAUUCGAAGCUGGCCGCCUCUGCGGCUACCCAGUGCAUCUCGGCGGCCCAGAAUGCGGUGCAGCACAGCCAGGACCAUCAGACCAAGGAGUCGCUGCUGCAGGAUUGCAAACGCGUGGCGGAUACCAUACCACGAUUGGUCACAUCGGUGAAGACGACGCGUGCUCAGCCAGACGAUGCACAUGCACAGCUGAAUUUGAUUGAGGCCGCCGAGCAGUUCAUCGAACCAGCUCUCCAGGUGUCCAAAUCUUCACGUGCCCUACGACCGACUGUCACGGAUAUACCAUCGGCUACUCAGCUGUCCAAGAGUGCCUUGCACCUGGGCCAGGCUGUCUCGGAGCUGCAUUCGGUGGCUCAGCGUGCGCGCGAUGCCUGCGGUGGCCAGGAGCUGGAGUCAGCCUUGGAGGCUGUACGCAAGCUGCAUCAUGUGCUGGACGACACUCGCCAAGCGGCGCUAGCGGGUCAGCUGCGUCCACUGCCCGGCGAGACGGUGGAGAACACAGCCGACGAGCUGCGCAAGUCCGCCAAGAAUGUGGGCAUUGCCCUUAGCCAGCUGUUGAGCUCGGUGCUGCAGGGACAACGCCAGUAUGCAGGCGCUGCUGGCCGUGACACGGCUCUGGCUCUGGGCGAAUUCACGAAGAGCGUGCACGGCGUGGCGGCGACUACACAGAAUCCGGCCAUCAUUGACUGCGCCGACGAUGUGGUGACCAGCUCUGCACAGCUGAUUGAGCAGGCACAGCGCACGCUGAAGGGCGUCUCUGAUCCGCAGGCAUUGACCCAGGCGGGACGCGAUGUCACGGGCGCCUUGUCCCGCACCGUGGACUGCAUACCUGGACAACGUGAGGUGGAUGCUGCCCUGCGCAACGUGAGUGAUCUCAGCGAGAUCUUGUCUGUGAGCGAAUUCCCACCAUCGAAUCGACCGUACGCCGAGCUGCAAUCGGAGCUGAAGCAGGUCGCCGAGCAGCUGAGCACCGCUGGCGGACAGAUUGUCCAAUCGUAUGCCAGUCCGGCUCUGCUGGCUGACAGCAGUCAACAAUUCGCGGCCAACUACAGGGAUCUGUUGUCCGUGAGCAUGCAAAUGGCCGGACAAGCCCAGACGGAUGAGCCCGUGCGCUCUCAGAUGAUCGACAGCCUGCGCAAUGUAUCGACGCAGUCGUGCUCGCUGCUCUCCACGGCCAAGUCCAUUGCCGCCGAUCCCGGCCAGCCGAAUGCCAAGAAUCUGUUGCUUGCCGCCGCACGCAGCGUGACGGAGAGCAUCAAUCAGCUGGUGGAUGCCAGCAUUCAGUCCGCUCCGGGGCAGAAGGAAUGCGAUAAUGCCAUACGCAACAUUGAUGCACUGCGUCGGAUGCUCGACUAUCCGCACGAGCCGAUCAAUGAGAUGGGCUACUUUGAUUGCGUGGAGCAGGCGACGGCCAAGUCACGCAACCUGGGCUAUGCCAUCUCCGAGAUGAUCAACAACGCCAAGCAGUCGCAGCACGUGGAGUUCAGUCAGUCGGUGAACAAUGUGAAUGAGUCGAUUCAGGGACUGAUGGAGAGCUCCUCGCAGGCGGCCUAUCUCAUCGGUGUCUCGCAUCCCAGCAGUGUGGCCGGGCGUCCAGGAAUCAUUGAUCAGGCACAGCUGACGUGGGCCUAUCAGGGCAUUCGUCAGCAUUGUGACAUUGUGAGCAGCGCCCAGUCGGGCAAGCCGCAGAUGAUCUCGGCCCUGACCGUGAUUGCCAAGCACACGAGCUACCUGUGCUCCAUUUGCCGGCAGGCGAGCAUGAACACCAACAAUCCGGUGGCCAAGAAUGAGUUUAUUGUGCUGGCCAAGCAGGUGGCAACGGCCACAUCGGAUCUGGUGCAGGACAUCAAGGCCAUUGAGGAUAAUCCAACGGGCGGCAAUCGGGAUCGACUUGUUGAACCGCUGCUGGAGGCUGUCAAGGCAGUGCGUCAAUAUGCCUCCAGUCCAGAGUUUACAUCGGUACCAGCGAAAAUCUCAGCGGAAGGUCGCAAGGCCCAGGAGCCGGUCAUUCAGGCUGGACGCGGUGUCAUCGAUGGUGUCGUCGAGAUGGUCAAGGCCGCCAAAUCGCUGGCUUUGACUCCGGAUAAUCCGCCAGUGUGGCAGCAGCUGUCCAUGCACUCCACACCAGUCUCCGAGUCCGUGAAGCGACUCGUUGAUAACAUCCGGGACAAAGCUCCAGGACAGGCGCAGUGCGAGCAGGUGCUCCACACCUUGGGCACCUGCACACGUGAGCUGGACAGCUGCGCCUUGGCUGCCAAUGCUCAGGGCUUGAGCCGCCGUCGGGACAACAAUUUGCAUGGCUUCAGUGGACAAACAAUGAACGCUGCUGCGGAACUCUUGGAUAAAUUGGAACCGAUUCGCGUGGCCGGAAAGAAUAAUGCGGAGCAACUGGGCCAUGCUGUGGGCGAGAUCUCGCGCUACGUUGUGCCCAUGGUGAAUGGCGCCAUUGGCGCCUGUACUCACAUCGUGCACAGCCAGCAGCAGAUGUCGCUGAUCAACCAGACCAAGUCGGUGGUGGAGAGCGCCAUUACACUGGUGCAAUCGGCCAAGGAUUCGGCGGGUAAUCCGCGCGCCACACACGCUCAUCCACGCCUCGAUGAGGCCAUCGAUGGCACACGGGAGGCCAUUCAGGAAUUGCAGCAGGCUGUGGAGAAGAUCAACGCUGAGACGGGCAUCGUCACGGGCCUGAUGGAGCAGGUGAAUCGUGCGAUUACCCGACUGACAGACAAGCGCCAGUCGUUGCUGAACGCCUCCUACUCGGACAGCUUUGUCGACUAUCAGACGCGCAUGGUGGCCACGGCCAAGGAGAUCGCGCGCCUGGGCAACGAAAUGAAUGCCAAGAGCAGUGUGGAGCCAGCCGUUCUGCCCCAGUUGGCUGUCGAAAUGACCCAACACUACCAGCUGCUCACCCAGGAUUCGGUGGGUGCCAGCACCACGACCACUUCGCCGGAUGUGGCGAUGCGCAUACGCAGCACCGUCAUUGAUUUGGGCCGUUCCAUCAGCUCGAUGAUUCAAUCGUCGGCGGGCGGCGCUAGUCCCAACGAUUCCAGUGCCCAGAAGGAGAUUGCACGCAAUGCUCGCGAGGUGUCCGAGAAGGUGGCCCAAGUCUUGGCCGCACUCCAAGCUGGCUCUCGCGGCACCCAGGCCUGCAUCAAUGCGGCACACACUGUCUCGGGCAUUAUCGGAGAUCUGGACACCACUAUUAUGUUUGCUACAGCCGGCACACUGCACUCGGAUGGCGAUGGCAGCUUUGCCGAUCAUCGCGAGCAUAUUCUGCAAACGGCCAAGGCGCUGGUGGAGGACACCAAGGUGUUGGUCACUGGAGCAGCCGGCACUCAGGAUCAGCUGGCGAAUGCGGCACAGAAUGCUGUCUCAACCAUAACCCAACUGGCGGAGGCCGUAAAACGCGGUGCCUGCUCCUUGGGCUCCUCACAGCCCGACUCGCAGGUCAUGGUCAUCAAUGCCGUCAAGGAUGUGGCCUCGGCUCUAGGAGAUUUGAUCAAUUGCACGAAAUUGGCCUCGGGCAAGCCCAUACACGAUCCGUCGAUGCAGGGCCUCAAGGAAAGCGCCAGGGUGAUGGUCCUCAAUGUUUCCUCGUUGCUAAAGACCGUCAAAGCUGUGGAGGAUGAGCACACGCGCGGCACCCGCGCCAUGGAAGCCACCGUGGAGGCCAUCUCCCAGGAGAUGCGCGCCAUGCAGACACCUCCGCCAGUGGGCAGCGCCCAGGUGGGACCCGAGGACCUGAUACGCGUCACCAUGAACGUGACUGCGGCCACGGCAAAGGCUGUUGCCGCGGGCACCUCCAAUCUGCAGGCGGAUAUCGUGGCUGCCGCCAAUCUGGGUCGUCGUGCCAUAUCAGACAUGUUGAUCGUCUGCCGCUCUGUCGCUUGGAACUGUGCCGAGACGGAUGAGCUGCGCGUGCGCACCCUGGAGGCGGGCAGCUCCGUGGCCGAGUCCUAUCGGGAGCUGUUGAAUGGCAUUCUGCACAACUGCAGCGCCGACGAUCGCAUGCAUUUGUCGCGUCGCGUGGCCAAGUGUGUCACAGAUCUGGUGGCCAUGGCUCGUUUGCUGAAGGGCUCCGAUUGGAUCGAUCCAGAGGAUCCCACGGUCAUAGCUGAGAAUGAGCUGCUCGGCGCCGCAGCCUCCAUUGAUGCAGCUGCCAAGAAGUUGGCAUCGCUGCGGCCACGUCGUCAGGCGGAUGUUAAGAUCGAGCUGGAUGAGAACAUGAAGUUCGACGAGAUGAUUCUGGAGGCUGCCAAGGGCAUCAUGGGUGCUUCGGCUGCCCUGGUGCGUGCGGCCAAUGCGGCGCAGCGUGAGCUGAUUGACCAGGGCAAGGUGGCUCGACGUCCACUCACCAGCUCCGACGACGGCCAGUGGUCGGAGGGUCUCAUCUCAGCCGCUCGCCUGGUGGCUGCAGCCACGCACAGUUUGGUCGAGGCUGCGCAGAAUUUGGUGCGCGGCGUGGGCACGGAGGAGAUGCUGAUCUCCACGGCCAAGCAGGUGGCUGCCUCGACUGCACAGUUGCUAAUUGCCUGCAAAGUCAAAUCGAAUCCAAAUUCGGAGGCGGGUCGCCGUCUGCAGGCUGCGGGCAAUGCCGUUAUCAAGUCCACGGACAAUUUGGUGCACGCUGCACAGCAGGGCCUGGAGGCCGAGGAGGAGCAUUCGCUGAAGAUCAACACAUCGAUGGUGGAUGGCAUGGCGCAGGAGAUUAAUGCACGCUCCGCUGUGCUGCGCAAGGAGAAAGAGCUGGAGGAGGCGCGCCAGCGCCUCAAGCAUGUGCGACAGGCGCAGCGCUAUGCCAAGAAUACCCAGGGCUUCACCACAGACGAGAGCGACACGGAAUAUGCCUAUGGCACGCUCAACAGGAGCCAGAACAAUACUCUGGGUCGUGGAGGAGGUGCUUACUAUGGCUCGCAGUCGGGCGAUCUGCCCAGCUCGCCGAGCUACUACACGGGCUCGGGCGCGGGCAGUCAGCAGAAGCAUCAUUAUAACUAUGCCAGCCCGCAGCCCCAGCAUUUCCAUCAUCCGGGCGCCGUGUCGCCGCCGCCAUCUAAUUAUGCGGGCAUGGAUGAUGUCAAUGGAGACUUUCCGCCACCGCCGCCGCCGUUGUCGACGACCAUUUCUAAUAUGCAGACCGCGACGUCGACUCACAGUUUUCGCUCUAAUCCCAAACUAACAGCCAAUGCUGUGCCCCGCCCCUACCCAGGCAGUCCAGUGGGCGGCGCGGGCAGCAAUGGCUUCACAACCAUAUCCGCAAGCACACCCACUAACGCCAACAACUACCAGCAAAGCUUUGAAUCGUCCAGCAUUAAAACGCAAAACUCAUCCACAUCGGGCGCGCCCCCAACUGUGCCACCACCGCCACCACAGAAGCCCACCGGCAAUCGCAAUCUGGAGGCCUGUGUACAGGAUCUGCAUGACAAGACGUUCGGCCAGGGCGGCGUGGUGGAGAUAACUGGCGGCAAUGCCUAUCCCGGCCAGAACUACGAGGGCUACACAUCCAGCAGAUACGAGACGCGCAACUUCGACAAAACAGCCAACACCAGCAGCAACAGCGAAUCGGGCCUGGUGAAGCCGCUCGAGUCGAGCUUUUCGCAGAUGACGCUCAACACGGACGGCGGCAAGAUCAGCAUUGUGGAUCAGGGCUCCGAGCGGCUCACCUCAAUGACGCAGCGCGUCAUGGAGCGCAAAUCGUUUACAACCACAACAGAAUCGAGGUCCGAAACGAAAACGGAGAAGCACAGUUUUCGCCUGGAGUAGAUAACCUAAGCUCGAUCAGCAGGAGCAGCAGCUGCGAUUGAAACUAAACGAUAAUGUUUGCCAAAUGUGCUUUUAACAUUUACAUACAUACUAAUAGCAAUAAUUUAACAAUUAAUUAUAAUUAGCCACUAGCGUUAAAAUGUC